AAGUAGAGAUGCACCGCCCUGACAAGCUUCUUCUGCACUCGAUUCUCGACCUUCUCGCAUCCGCCGGCCGUCCCUCUGCCAAUUCACAGGCUUCUGAAUCUGAUAUGCUCGUCGAUGGCCUCGCCUGGUGUAUCGUCGUCACCAAGGCCUUACCACCUGAAUUCCAAAUACUCUCCCACGAAGACUUCGCUCGUCAACGCAAAAUGCAAUAAGUCCACACAAGUUAUUGAAGCAGCUCUCAAGUCCAUGGGAUGUCCUUACCCUCUCCGUGCUCAUCAAAUUCGAAGCCUUGAUUAUAAAGCUAUCCUUCCUGUUGUUCAGUGGAUCGUCAGUCUUGUCCUUGAAAUGCCAUCCGAGUCCGCAGAUGAGGUUACUCAUGUUAAUAACAUUGAAGAAGAGGAGUACAUUAUUCGACAACUUGAGAAGGAGUUGAGUCUUGCAGACAAUUCAGUUACGAUUUUGCAAGCCAAUUUGAAGGAACAGAAUCAGAAGAAGGCUAAUGUCCUGAAUGAGAUGCAACAUCUAAGGGAGAAAAUUGAUAAGGAGGGAGCUAGCAAUACAGUUCAGACUUUGACACCAUUGUUCGAAUUAUCUAAGGAUUUACAGAGGCAAGAACAGGAUUUAAGGUCCUAUUAUGAUACAAAACGCUCCGACUUGCAAGCUGAGGUUAGUGAACUGGAGGAGAAGAUAUCAAGUAGCAAUCAAGGAAACAAUUUGUCUGAUGACUUUGAACAUUCUUUACGUGACUCAUUGGAGAGGCUGAACUCAGCAAAGAGUGAACUUGCGGCUCAACUAAGGACUAAUCUACUGCUAAAGAGGAAGAUUGAAGAUGUACCAUCUCAAGCAGAGCUAAUCCAGUAUGAACACAGAUUUUCAGAACUAUAUGUUCAAAUACAGGAUAAGCUUCGACAAACUCGUAAAUUCUAUGCCACUUAUAAUGCUAUUCUGGAGAUAAAGGAACUAAUGCUAAAGGAGACAUCCUUAUUAAAUUCAAUGAGUUCUCAGUUUCAAGAUGCGAUAACCAGUGCAGCUGGUCGCAUGAAGCUUAUCGAGUCCAUGGAGGGAAUUCUGAAGGGUACAAAACAGAAGCUAGAAAAAGUGCAACUUGGGUUUACUGCGGAGCAGAAAAUUUGUGAUUGCAUCAAGGAGAAGUAUUUUGGAGCAAUAGCAGAACAGAGGCGCUGCUCUUUCCUUCUAAAAGCUUUCCAGGAAGAAUGUGCAAAGAAUGACAAGCUUCGGAACCAAAUUUCCAAUUAAAGGUUGCUCUCAUUCCUUUGCAGCAACAGGUGGCAGUUAUCUAUCCUGGCCCUCAUACCCCAUAUGUACAAGUGGAUCAAGCUAUGACGAAGUGGAUACAGUUCUAUAUCUAAAUACAUAAA